AUGUCCGCCUUCAGCAACCCAUAUACCACCACUAUCCCGCCUCCAUUUUACCCUAAAUGUCCUACUUCCCUACCCUCGACAUUAGAAAACCCCAGCAACAACGCAAUCCAAACAGAACUGUAUCCCAGCCCUGUCAAUGUUACCUCAUCUCGCCAAUCAAACGCCCACCGUGUCAGCAAAGCAAUGAAAGGGAAGCGAGUCCACGCCUGCGAGUACCCUGGAUGUUCAAAGGUUUUUACCAGAGCCGAACAUCGCAGACGACAUGAACUCAGCCAUGAGCCUAAGAAGAAGUAUCCUUGCACUUUCAAAGGCUGUCAAAAGGCAUUCCAUCGCUCGGACUACUUGAGUCAGCACAUGGGUCGCCACACAACUUCAGCACCAAAGGAAAAUACGUCAUACGCCCACAGCUACUCGGCUCGUCAAGGAAACAUGCAACAACAGGUCCAGUCGCAACCAGCCAAUUCACCUCCAAUUCCCUUCCAAGCCGAUACUACCAACGAUUAUUCCGGGCUAUGGGGAGGAAGCAUGGAUUCCUCAAUGUCAUGUCCCCAGUAUGCCAGAGGCCAUAGCCAGUCUUCCGCAUCUGUUGAUGACUACCCGUCCCCCUACUCCUACACGAACGAGAUGUGCAGUUCACCCGUCGCAAGCGACUGCUUUACGAACCCUCCAUACCCCACUUCCGGCAUGCCAGUAGAGAUGGUUACUGCCAUUGAUCAAUACCUCCGGAGCAUCCUGAAACCCGAAGCGUUUUCGUCGCACCAGCAGAUGGACCCUGCAAUUUGGAGCUCGGAUAUCGAUAUCGAUCCUACAUUGACUAAGGUCGAGAGUCCUGACCAAUUGCCGCUCUGUGCAUGGCCCCCUGCCCACAACUUGCAAUACGAGGAUUAUCCAUUGCAGAUGCACCACCAGCUGUCGAGCGACUGCUGA